UUAGAAGUAUCAACAUUGUGAUCUAACCCCCUUAUAUUGAAAUGGCUAGUGGCAAAUCCCGGGAAGAUGAGCGCGCAGGAGCUGAGAUUAUCCAUGGAUCGGAAGAGUGCUAUCGCCAUUCAGUGAAGCUCCUUGAAGAGCUGGGAUUUCCAAGAGGUGUCCUUCCCCUCCAAGACCUUGAAGAGUGUGGAAUAGUUCACAAGACCGGAUUCGUGUGGAUGAAACAGAAGGCUCCAUACGAGCACUUCUUCGUGGGGACAAAUAACCGCGUGAGCUACGCCAAGGAGGUGACUGCACACGUAGAGAAGUGCAGAAUGAAGAAGAUGACUGGUGUUAAGAGCAAGCAAAUGUUUCUGUGGGUGCCCAUAGUUGAAAUGUGCAUUGAAGACCCUGCAAGCAAGAAAAUUAAUUUCAAGACUCCAAUGGGGAUCGGAAAGUCCUUCCCAAUCACGGCGUUCAUGGAGGACGAAGAGAAGAAGAAGUACCUAGAGAAGGUCGAUGAAUGAAAGUGGCUAUACAUGAUACAACAUUGUUUUGAAUGUUCAAGCACUUUUUCUUUUAUCUGGUUAUUGUGUAUUGGUUCUGUUUCUGUCACAGUCACUACUUAUUUGAAUAACAUCUGAUUGACCUUGGGGUUUUCAUUU